AUGCUAUCCGCUCAGGGUGUUUCGGAGACUAGGUCCAAGGCAAAUAUAACCAUAUUGGAUGGUGGCCUCGGAACCACCCUCGAGCAGAUCUUCCAACAGGAAGUAUCCCACAAACCCCUUUGGUCAGCCAAGGUCAUCGUCGACAAUCCGGAUGUACUAGUCCAAGCACAUCUUUCCUUUUUACGAGCAAAGGCGAAAAUCAUUUCUACUGCGACAUAUCAAUGUUCAUAUCGCGAAGUCGAGCGGGCGGGAUACAAUCGUGAUUCAGCACAAAAACUCACGAGAAAAGCUGUUGAAUUGGCCGACGAAGCUCGCACUAUGUAUGAGAAGGAAAUGCAAGAAACAUCAAGUGGUAUACAUAGUGAACCGCCGGUGAUUGGGAGGCACGAGGAACGAAUUGGCAUCGCCCUUUCGUUAGGUCCGUUCGGAGCGAGCCUUAGACCAACUCAAGAUUGGGACGCGUUUUACCCACCUCCCUAUGGGCCCAUGGCGUAUAAUUCCAGUAACGCGUCGUUAAAUCGGAAUGCGUUUAGAAAGGAUGAAGAGGCAGCAUCGGAGGAAUCAGUCCGAGCCCUAGCAGAGUUUCAUCGGGAAAGAUUGACGAUGUUCCUGGAUGACGAAGAAGGUCGUAAAGUGUGGGAGAAGGUUGAUUGCAUCGCGUUCGAAACGGUGGCUUUGGUGCGGGAGAUAAACGCUAUCAGGAUUGCUGUGGGACAGGCUUUCGAAGGAAGGGAGCAUCUGCUUAAGCCUUGGUGGAUUACCAGCAUAUUUCCAGAUGGAAUUUUUCCAGAAGGGAAAACUGGAAUGUCCUAUGAGGAUUCUCUGACGGUCAAGGAUGUUGUUCGCGCGAUGUUGGGCGAGCUUGAGACACCACAAGGUGAACAAGCACCUACUCCUCAAGGGGUUGGCCUCAACUGCACUUCGAUCGAGCAUGUCCCGCAUCUUUUGAGCGAGUUCGAGCAUGAAGUCACUCGUGGAGACUUUUUGCGAAGCCGAUUACUUUGGCUAGUAGUCUACCCAAACGCUGGAGACGUAUACGAUUUGGCGUCGCAGAAGUGGGUAGAGGAAGAAGAGUCGGCAAGUAAGUAUAAGAUGGACAGAUGGGCGCAGAGUUUGGUGGACAUCGUUGAGAAAUCAUCAAUAACCAGAGUAUGGGAGAGAAUCAUCGUUGGGGGAUGUUGUAGGACGAAUUCGAACCACAUCGGACGAUUGCACGAGCUCCUUCGAACCUCGCAAUUAGAUUGA